CAGCCCGGCCUCAGGCCUCAGCAUCUGUCUGGAUUAGAGAUCAUUCGAGAUCUAUGUGAGGGGAAGCUGGAAGGCGGAGAAAUUGGCUCAACAGAAAUAACCUUCACUCCUGGGAAGAUCAAAGGUGGAACCCACAUCGCAGAUACAAAAACAGCAGGGAGUGUGUGUCUCCUGAUGCAGGUAGCAAUGCCCUGUGUGCUGUUUGCUGCUUCUCCAUCAGAACUUCAUUUAAAAGGUGGGACUAAUGCUGAGAUGGCUCCUCAGAUAGACUACACAGUCAUGGUUUUCAAGCCAAUGGUUGAAAAGUUCAAUUUCACAUUUAACUGUGACAUAAAGAAGAGGGGCUACUAUCCUCAGGGAGGAGGUGAAGUUGUAAUCCAGAUGUCACCAGUCAAAGAGUUGAGCCCAAUAAACUUAACAGAACGUGGCACAGUGACAAAGAUAUACGGAAGAGCAUUUGUUGCUGGAGCACUGCCUAUAAAACUGGCAAAAGACAUGGCAGCAGCAGCAGUGAGAUGCAUCAGAAGAGAAAUCAGAGAUCUUUACAUUAACAUUCAGCCUCUUCGAGAACCUGAUGAUCAAGCCUUUGGGACUGGAAGUGGAAUCAUUGUUGUUGCAGAGACUUCAACGGGUUGUUUGUUAGCUGGGUCAUCACUUGGCAAGAGAGGAAAGAAUUCUGACAAGGUUGGCAUUGAAGCAGCCGAGAUGCUGCUUAGGAAUCUUAAACAUGGUGGAACUGUGGAUGAUUCUCUGCAAGACCAGCUGAUCAUUUUUAUGGCACUAGCAAAGGGGGUGUCCAGAGUGAAAAGCGGACCAAUUACACUCCACACUCAGACAGCCAUACACUUCACAGAGCAGCUGACAAAGGUGAGUCCAAAAGCUUAG